UCUGGUUAAAAAAUCGCAGCUGAUUGGACUGACAGGAUACAAUUGGUUGCCGUGUGAUUGGACAGCGAUACGUCUGUCAAGGCUUGAGUAUAGUUUGGUUGAAGUGUGGCGACUGUUGAUGUUCUGUCAUAAAUCGGAAAGCUAUCUGCUAGAACUAGAGCCAAGCAGCCUCAGGAUCAGCAGACUUAUUUUUUUUUUAUCACGGAGUAUGCAGUUCUUAGGGCGUCUCCUGGACACGGUGUCCUCUGUGUCCAACCUAUUCUCCAACCCAUACCGGGUGAGGGAUGUACCACUGUCAGAGUACAGUGGAGGGGGGCGGACGAGGCUGAAGGAGGAGGGCAGGAUCGUUUUGUACCGGAACCCCCCCAGUCAGUCGUGGGACUGCCUGCUGCUGUGUCCUGAGACACCUGCCACUGCCCUCAGAUUGUUCCAGGUGGCUUCAGAAGAAGACGCCAUGAACUGGUUCCCUCAGUAUGCCCUCAAACUCCGCCCCUUCUAUGAGAUGGUCCCAUCAUUCAAACCCGAGACCAUCCAGCCAAUAGUGGACUGCCUCCGCAGCCAUCCCGACUGGAGCUCCGCCCAUAUUGCAGUGGAUAAAGGAUUGAGGGACUGCUUGAAGCACAAUUAUGUCCUGAGCCAGAUCAAUGCUCGGGAUGGCCAGGGGCAGACGCCGCUCCACCUGGCCUGUGAGCAAGGGGAAGUGGGCUGCGUUCGCGAGCUUCUCGACGAGUGCCAGGCUCGCACCGACAUCAAAGACAAAAAUGGAGAUACGCCCAUGCACUGUGCUGCCAAGCAGGACACGGCAGCUGUCAUAGAGGUCCUGUGUUGUCGCCUGUGUGCCGGGGUGAACGACUUCAACCUGGCGGGGGAAACGCCGCUCCACGUGGCCUGCCGUCUGGGACGUGCGGAGGCGGUCAAGGCUUUGCUGGGAGGCGGGGGCAAGUGUGACGUUCUCGGAGGCAACUGUUACCCGAUCCAUGCGGCCAUGAAGUACAGCCAGAAAGGCUGUGCGGAGGCCAUUCUGACCGCUGACCCAGCUCAGCUCCAGGCAGAGGACCCCGUCUAUGGAGGCUCUCCACUCCACUGGUCCAAGACCUCUGAGAUGACUCGGAUGUUGCUGGAUAGAGGCUGCAAUGUGAACUACCUCAGUAAGACCGGGGAGAGCCCCCUCCACAUCAUGACCAAGAAGGACCGCUUUGAGGCGGCCAUGGUCCUACUCACACAUGGUGGGGAUCCCAACAUCCUCGGGCCAGACGGAAACACGGCCCUUCACCUCGCCAUGAAGCUGGAUCAUAUGGGCCUGAUCAAGGCUCUGAUAGUGUUUGGAGCUGAUGUGGAGAUCCACAACGCCCUGGGGGAGACACCCGGCCUCAUCGCCGCCCGCAGCAGCAAAGGCCCCAACAGAAAGAUUCUGCUCGACAUGCUGUGUAGUGUAGGAGCUGAACGCUGCCACCCCCCGGCACCAGAUCUGCUCUCCCCCAGCAGGAGAGCUGGGACUCCUGGCAUAGGAUUCGAGGACAUCAUGCACGUGUCGGCAUCCAUCGCGGCUAUGAGCGGGGGAAAAGGGGAAGUGGACGGGGUCAAACCAGGAGGCAGGAAGCUGGACAGGUUGCUGUGUCUGGACGGAGGAGGGAUCAAGGGUCUGGUUCUGAUUCAGAUGCUGAUCGCUGUGGAGCGAGAGGCUGGGCGCCCAGUGAGAGAGCUCUUUGAUUGGGUGGCGGGAACCAGCACUGGAGGAAUACUGGCCCUGGCUGUUAUACAUGGUAAGUCCAUGGAGUACCUGCGCUGCCUGUACUUCCGCAUGAAGGAGCAGGUGUUCAAGGGGUCGCGACCCUACGAGUCCGCCCCCCUGGAGGACUUCCUGAAGAAGGAGUUUGGGGAGAACACCAAGAUGAGUGAAGUCAGACACCCCAGGGUGAUGGUGACAAGUGUCCUUGCUGACCGCCAUCCAGGGGAGCUGCACAUCUUUAGGAACUACGACCCCCCGGCUCUCCAACGUGACCCGCCGUAUGCCUCCUCUGCCACCUUCAAGCCUCUCACCACCCCAGAGGAACAAUUAGUUUGGCGUGCCGCCCGCUCCAGUGGUGCCGCCCCCACCUACUUCCGGCCAAUGGGGCGCUUCCUGGACGGAGGGCUGCUGGCCAAUAACCCCACACUAGACGCCAUGACGGAGAUUCACCAUUAUAACAAGGCCCUGAAAGUACAGGGGAGAGGGGCGGAGGUGCAGAGGCUGAGGGUGGUGGUGUCUCUGGGCACGGGGAAGCCCCCCCAGGUGUCCGUCAGCUCCGUGGACGUGUUCCGGCCCUCCAACCCCCUGGAGCUGGCCAAGUCCUUCGUGGGAGCCAAGGAGCUGGGCAAGAUGCUGGUGGAUUGUUGCACAGACUCUGAUGGCUGUGCGGUGGACAGAGCCCGUUCCUGGUGUGAGAUGACUGACAUGAUCUACCACAGAUUCAGCCCUCAGCUGACGCAGGAGGUGAUGCUGGACGAGGUGAGCGACGCGGUGCUGGUGGACAUGCUCUGGGAGACGCAGAUGUACCUGUACGAGCAGCGGGCCCAGCUCCAGACACUCGCCCAGCAGCUGCUGAAGGCCUGAGCCUCACACACCGCACCACACCACACCACACCGCACCACACCACACCAGACCAGAUGCUGUGUGAUCAUACAGCCGAGAGAUGGAGGAGGAGAGGCAGAGCCUAGAGAGGAUAAUGAUGUAUGGGUUGUGUCUAUGUGUGUGUCCAAGUGAGAUGUAUCUGGUCUGCGGUAGGAGAAAGACUGACAGUGAUUUUCAGGGACAGGAUAUAUAUAUUGGCCUUUGUGUGUGUGUGUGUGUGUGUGUGUGUGUGUGUGUGUG